GGCGCGCUCCGGCUCGCUCUCCCGGCCCCGCCCGGGCCCCGGCAGGUCCUCCCGGCCCGGCCCGAACAUGCUGGACGGCCUGAAGAUGGAGGAGAACUUUCAAAGCGCCAUCGAGACUUCGGCGUCCUUCUCGUCGCUGCUGGGCAGAGCGGUGAGCCCCAAGUCUGUCUGCGAGGGCUGUCAACGGGUCAUCUCGGACAGGUUUCUGCUGCGGCUCAACGACAGCUUCUGGCACGAGCAGUGCGUGCAGUGCGCCUCCUGCAAAGAGCCCCUGGAGACCACCUGCUUCUACCGGGACAAGAAGCUCUACUGCAAGUACGACUACGAGAAGCUGUUUGCGGUCAAAUGUGGGGGCUGCUUCGAGGCCAUUGCACCCAAUGAGUUCGUCAUGCGGGCCCAGAAGAGCGUGUACCACUUGAGCUGCUUCUGCUGCUGCGUCUGUGAGCGGCAGCUCCAGAAGGGCGACGAGUUUGUCCUGAAGGAGGGGCAGCUGCUCUGCAAAGGGGAUUAUGAGAAGGAGCGGGAGCUACUCAGCCUGGUGAGCCCGGCAGCCUCAGACUCAGGCAAAAGUGAUGAUGAAGAAAGUCUUUGUAAGUCAGCACAUGGGGCAGGGAAAGGAGCUGCUGAAGAUGGCAAGGACCAUAAGCGCCCCAAACGUCCCAGAACCAUCUUGACAACCCAACAGAGGAGAGCGUUCAAGGCCUCAUUUGAAGUAUCCUCUAAGCCAUGCAGAAAGGUGAGGGAGACCCUGGCCGCAGAGACAGGGCUGAGCGUCCGUGUCGUCCAGGUGUGGUUCCAGAACCAGAGAGCUAAGAUGAAGAAGCUGGCCCGGCGGCAGCAGCAGCAGCAACAGGACCAGCAGAACACUCAGAGGCUGAGCUCCGCUCAGACAAAUGGCAGUGGGAAUGCUGGGAUGGAAGGGAUCAUGAACCCCUACACGGCACUGCCCACCCCACAGCAGCUCCUGGCCAUCGAGCAGAGUGUCUACAGCUCAGACCCCUUCCGACAGGGCCUCACCCCGCCCCAGAUGCCGGGAGACCACAUGCACCCAUAUGGUGCCGAGCCCCUCUUCCAUGACCUGGAUAGUGACGACACCUCCCUCAGUAACCUGGGUGACUGUUUCCUAGCAACCUCAGAAGCCGGGCCCCUGCAGUCCAGAGUGGGAAACCCCAUCGACCACCUGUACUCCAUGCAGAAUUCUUACUUUACCUCUUGAGUCUUCCCCUGGAGUUCUGUGGCGGGGCUCCCACUCGGAACAACCGUAUUCCAUGCGGGGCCGGCCGGCGUUAGGAUGGGGAGACCAGGGAGGAGGUGGGCUGGGGAGGGAGUUUGGUCGGGGAUGCUGUUGUAUAUCACCCUGGUGUAGCUCGGCAUUUCCAAAGACUGAAUACAUAAUGGAUCGCAUAGUUUCAUGUUUCUGAUAAGUCUUAGCUUUAGGUAUGAAGAUGUGUUUAUCAUUAAGGACAGGGAAUUUUAAUAUAGACAUUCUCAUGCGAACUAGGUACCUAGAGACUCCUAACAACUUCCCACCGUUUUGGGGAAGCUCCCGUCAAGAGGUGCAUAUGUCUACCCGUCCAUAUACCCAUAGACAGACAGACGGACAGAUGUGUGUGUGAGUGUGUAACCUUCCAUGCUUUAUCAUCAAAGUUUAUUCCUAAUUAUAACAGACACCAACUGUACAGCAAAAGUAACUUUAUUUUCAGUGUGAACUAUAUUUAAGGAAAUGCUUGAUGCACUUAAGUUAUAAGAUGAGAUAAUUUACUUUUAUAAACUUUAUUUUUAGUUCGGAGAGACUUGUCGGCAGGGCAGAGAGGGCUGCUCCACCUAGGCCGGUAGCUUUGAGUGCUUGAGUUAAUUCUGUUUUCGAGAGUGUGUCACCGAGGCCUGGAAAGCAGCUCUGUGUGGCUGACCGUACUCUUUCGUGGAUUCUUGCUCUCUUUGGGGUUGAAUCACAGGGCUUGGGUGGGACAGAAAAAACAAAACAAAACAAAAAAAUCCUUGAUUGUGUUCUUAGAAAACGUAAAGCCUAGACUCUUCAGCUUCCUUUUAAACUCUGACACGUAGUUGUGGGCAGCAGUAGGACGGCCAGUUCUGCUCUUGAACUCAGCAUCUGCAGGUGUGGGAUGAGGCUGAUAGUAUGUACCUACCUCACUGGGGGACGCUGAGGCUUAAUUCGCCCCCAGGACACAUGAGCAGGGCUGAAACGAAAAUCCCAUAUUUGUUUAAAAUACCCGACCAGUCACUUGGCGAAAGGGGCUACUGGGGGCUGCCCGUACUGUGAGCCCAGAGGGCCUUGCUCUGCCCGCUGUGGUCCCUCCUGCAAAGCCUCAGCCGGCGGUGCCCGCUCAGGGCAGCUCAGGGGCCAGAGUCCUGCGAUGGGGAGGUGGCUGGUGCUGCAGGGAUGGAGGAGGGCAUCGUGCUGUUCUAGACCAGGGGUUGUCAAACUGCUGCCUGUGGGCUGUGUCAUAGGGCUGGCCAGCUAUGAAUGGUUUUUAUAUUUUUAAAGGGUUGUAAAAAAAAGAAAGAAAAAGAAAGAAAGAAAGAAAGAAAGAAAGCAAGAAAGAAAGAAAGAAAGAAAGAAAGAAAGAAAGAAAGAAAGAAAAGGAAUAUGUGACAGAGUGUCUGUGGCCCAGACAGCCUGAAAUAUUAACUACCUAUGCCGUCUGGCUCUUUUCAUAAAAUGUUUGCUGGCUCCUGUUCUAGAAAGUCUAUCCCUCAACAGCC